UAAUGUGAGGUCGUAAUACAAAAAGGUGAGCAGCAGUCAUGACAACUCUGGAUGACAAGGUUCUUGGAGAGAAGCUGCAGUACUACUAUAGCAGCAGUGAGGAUGAAGGCAGUGACAAUGAGGAUGAAGAUGGAGAAUCCAAAAGCAUUCGCAAUCCUGAUGUCUUGGAGCCUGAGAUAGACUAUAGCCCGGAUGGAAGUGCUGUCAACACAGGACCAAAGGGUGUGAUCAACGACUGGAGGAAGUACAAGCAGCUGGAGGUGGAGCAGAGGCAGGAGCAAAAGAAAGAGAUGGAAAGGUUGAUCAAGAAGCUGUCCAUGACCUGCCGCUCAGACCUGGACUUGCAGAAGGAUAAGGAGAAACAGAAAGACAUACAGGAUAAGAUAAAAGGCAAAAUGACGUUACAGGAAUACAGCAUGCUCCAGGAGGAGGAGGAUGAUGAGGAUUUCCUCCAGCACUACCGCAUGCAGCGCAUUGAAGAGAUGCGGCGCCAGCUGUGUCGUGGCAAGCGGUUUGAGCAGGUCUAUGAGCUGAACAGUGGAGAGGAGUUCCUUGAGGCCCUGGAUAAGGAGGACAAAAGCACUGUGGUCAUGAUCCACAUCUAUGAGCCCGAUGUCCCAGGUUGUGAGGCAAUGAGUGGCAGCCUUCUGUGUCUAGCCCAGGAAUACCCACUGGUCACAUUUUGCAGCGUACGUAGCUCCGCAAUAAGCACCAGCGCAUUGUUCAGAGGUAGCGCUCUGCCAGCCCUACUGGUUUAUAAAGGUGGGGACCUGAUUGGUAAUUUUGUGCGGGUCACAGACCAGCUAGGGGAAGACUUCUUUGCUGUUGAUCUGGAGGCCCUGCUGCAAGACUAUGGCCUUCUGCCAGAUAAACCUGUCCUCAUCCCAAAGACAAUUUGCAAUGGAGCAAUCAUACAGCACACUCACAGUGAUGAGGACUCUGAUCUCGAUAUAGACUAG